CAACACCAACUGGUAACAUUAAUGAAGAUAAUAUUUUAAAUAAACGUUUCUCUUGUGAGUUCGGUGGUAUACCCGCUUGUAAAGCUAGUUGUGCAUCUAAAGGCUAUUUUGGUAAAGUUAAAUGUUGUCCAUGUAAAGGCGGUAGAGUGAUUUGUCGAUGCGCAGGCAAUUGUGUACCUCCAAAUCUAUGUUAA